AUGUAGGUGAGGCCAAAACACAAGAAAAGGACCAAGCAAAAGGCUAAAUGGCCAAACCAAAAAAACAAGAGAUAAGAGAGACGUCUGGAGGAGCUUUCCAGACAAACUCACCAGAGGGAACCCGGCGCUAUGGUUCGGUAGGGAGGUUUUCAGCCUACGUAGAAGUGAAGAUCAUGGAUCCUGUAACUGGCAUUGCUCUGCCUCCAUGCAAGCAAGGAGAGCUUUGGCUUAGAGGCCCUACAAUCACCAGAGUUGUUGAAGGAAGACCUGUAAGAGAAGCCUGCCUUCCCUGCUGCGGUAUUGGUCUCGGCUGGUUUCUGUACCUGCUCACACUGAAGUCAUAUAUGCGUAAUAGAAGUCGGCCUGAUGGUUCAAUUGUAGAAGGGUGUCUGGCGAAAGAAUAUUUAACUUUCUGCUCGAGGUGCUAGACAUGAGGUGCACUAAACGCACGGCUAGGCGACCGGUAGGUCCUAUAACUAAUGCAAGACCUAGGCAGCCUUAGGUGACCCAGGCUACAACGAGUCCUUCCCAGCCUCCAGAUCCGCACCAGUCAACCUCUAGUGAUUUAAUGUCUGCGAAAAAAAAGAGAGGCCACACACGAUGCCUUGGAGUUAGAAGAUGCGUGAAGGACAGCGAAUUCCUAUUCCCAUCAUCACUUUAGGACAGCCCGUUGGUGACAAUGUUAGCAAGCUGACAAACUUCCUGGGGACAAUAGCAUGCAAUGGGGAAUAUGCACCCCUUAACGUUUUCUGAUUGAAGGGUAGUGCCGGAUGAGAGGAAAGAUGAUAUGUGGGGGCUUGUCACGGUAAUGGUGACAAUGUUUUCUUUUUUUCGUUUUUCAUUUUUCAUUUUUUUUUUUUGUUCAUUAUGUGAUUGUCUGGUUUCAACAUGUGAUGUAGUCGAAGUUUGAGUUUGAUGCAGAUUCGAAGUCUUGGGUGUUGAGGUCAAUUGGUAAAAACUGGAAGGAUUGAAAUAGUGAGCUGAAAAAAAAUCUACAAUUCUACUACUUGCCUCAUGAGACUGACGAGGAGCAACUUGCAGACCUUGAUGAGUGGGUCCAAGAGGAUUAGUGGAAGGCCAUCAUUCAGUUUUGGAAAUCUGAAAAGGGGAAGGUAUGUGAUUAGUAACUACUGAUUGCUUUACGUUCUAGAAUCACAUAACAAUCUUUUGCUCAUAUCUUAUAAUUUGCUCUGUCUGUAUGUCAAAUAUAGACUCAUACUUAGAGAAAUACGGAAAAUCUGGAAAAACAACUAAUUGGCCACGUUGCAGGCUUAAAGUGCUUUGUGCAAGAAGAGAGAAAUUUUGUUAAUCACAUGAUCAAUCAUGUCGGUGUAUUUCUGAUAUAUAACUUUUUUACAUAAUGAUAGAUGAAGAAGAAGGCCAGCGGGAGGAUUCGAGCCGAGCAGAUAUGUUCAUAUUGACUCAUACAUGUAAGAAUGGGAGGCCUGUGGAGGAGGCAACAUGAAUAGAUACAUAACAAUUAGAUACAUGAACAUACCAUUGACAUAUCAUUAUUGUUAAUGAUGCCUCAUCCAUAAGCCUCCCAUUCUUACACGUAUGAGUCAAUACAAACAUAUCUACUCGACUCGAUCCUCCCCACUGGCCUUCUUCCUCUAUCAUUAUUUAAACAAGUUAUAUAUCAGAAAUAGGCCGAGAUAGUUGAUCGAGUGAUUAAUAAAAUUUACAUAUUCUUCACAUAUCUGCGUGAAGCUUUUUGACCCUACAGCGUGGUCGAUUAGUUGUUUUUUUCGAUUCUCUGUAUUUGUCUUAGUACGAGCCUAUAUGUGACACAUCGACAGAGUAAAUUAUAAGAUAUCAACAAAAGAUUGUUGUGUAAUUUUAGAACGUAAAGUAAUCAGUAGUUACUCAUCACAUACCUUCCCCUCUUCAGAGUUCCAAAACUGAAUGAGGGUCUUCCACUGAUCCUCUUGGACCCGCUUAUCAAGGUCUGCAAGCCGCUCUUUGUCAAGCCUCAUGAGGCAAGUAGUAGAGUUUUUUCAGCUCAUUCUUGCAAUCCCUUCAUUUUUUACCAAUUGACUUCAACACUUACGACUUGGCAUCUAUGUCAAAUUCAAACUUGGACUGCAUCACAUGUUGAAAUCAGACUAUCACAUGAUGAACAAAUUUUAUUUUAUUUUAUUUUUAAAAAAAAGGAAAAACAAAAAAAAAAAAAAAAAAGAAGAAACAUUGGAAGAUUCAUGGUUGUUCACCUACCCUCACCGAAUUAAAAACAACAAAAAGCCUUAUUGUGUGAGUGGUGAGGAGUGGAAGAUUCACGGUUGGUCACCUUUCAUCGGCAUUAAUGGCAGAUGCAUCAAGUAUGGUGACAGGCACAUCAUUGGUUAUCGAACUCCCUUUCCAUCUUAGAUCUGGUGCAUAUGAUUCUCGAAUUGCAGCAUAUGGAUUAUAUUUGGUAUUAGAGUGGGUUAUGAGUCGGAUGAUCCAGUUUUUAGUGUUUUCUUUUGGCAUUUCUACCAUUAAUUUUGAUAACAGUUGCAAAAUCUGAGUCUUUUAGCAAAAAAUCCAAUAUCAUGCUUUAUUGAACUGACUACAAGAUUACAUUUGGUUUCAAAGCAGGUUUUGCGCCGGUUAUUUCAGUUA